AUGUCACCAGCUUUGGAACACGGAAGUACUGUAGAUUAUGGGAUGAAGCUCUCAUCACUGAUGUCCGCACCCAUGAUUAAUGAUGUGCCUACACUGGACAAACUCACUGCUCUUGAACUCAAUUGCUUAAUCUUGCAUGAACUGUCACCACGAAAAGAUGAUGCAGAGAUUAAUGUCACAGAGCUACAGGUCCCAUUACAUAAAAUUCGCUAUCGGGACGACAGACUUCACAGAAAGUUUGCCACUACACGCGAAAAUGACCUGGCUCACCUGUAUGACAAAGAUGAAUGCCGGUGGAACUGGCCGCUCCCGAAAUCACACCAUGAUAAUGUUGAGCAGUGGCUGCUCCCUAGUUAUGGGAGUCUUGGAGAUUGGCGGGAGGAGAGUGCCAUGGCAGAUGUGGAGUCUGGAAGUGGAGAAGAUGGCGACUCAAACUCAGAUACACCCUCACCACUGUUCAAAGGAGUUUUUGCGAUGUUCUUCAAUGUUUUAUGUUUUGCGCUCACCCAGAAGGUGUCAAAGAUUGUACAGGAGACCAACCCAGUCCCACACCUGUGGAGUGCAGGAAACUCUACAUGCCCUGUGAAAGAUGAAGAAGUUUCACGAAAGCCUGACCUGGCAUUAUUGGAUGAUGUUGAAGCUCAAUGGGACACAAUCAAGGCAGUUUGCGAGCUGACAUCACGACCAUACUCAGCUAUGGGCACAAUAGGAAAUACACUGGACAACAAGGUGUUCCUUCUCUUCAGAUGA